AUGCUGGCUCAACGUUACCCUGAAGCGUUUGACGGUAUUAUCGCUGCAGCACCCGCACUGAACAUCAUCCCACUCUUGGCCAGUUUGUUCCAUGCUCAAGCUGUAAUGAACACGCUCGGCGAAUACCCGCCCAAUUGCGAGUUUGAAGCGAUAGGGGCCGCCGCAAUCGCCGCUUGCGAUGAACUGGACGGCGUCAAAGACUCGAUCAUAUCCAUCCCAGAGUUGUGUUCUUUUGACCCAUUCACCGUCGUCGGUCAGCCCGCCAACUGCGGCAAUAACAGCUCGAAUUCCAUCUCUGAGGCAACAGCGAUCGUUGCCAACGCUUCAUGGUAUGGUGUCUCCGACAGACGGGGAAAGAAGAUCUACCCAGGAUACUCGCUAGAUGCACCCCUCCAGGCAACGACCGGCACGGACUGUCAAGCCUCAGGUACCUGCUUCACCACCGCUGCUUGGUUACUCGGCGCACAGUUCUUCCAGCUUUUCGUCGAGAAGAACGCUACCUUUGAAAUUUCCACAAUUACCGCGGAUCGUCUACCGGACUACAUGUACGCCGGUCAGCAGCAGUGGGACUCGAUCAUCAACACCAACGAUGCGGAUCUCUCGGACUUCAAGGAAGCAGGAGGAAAGUUGCUCACCUGGCACGGCAUCGCAGAUGACCUGAUUCCUUCUGGUGGGUCGACACAGUACUACGAUCGUGUGGCUGCGCUGGAUGCAGAUGUGAAUGAGUACUACAGGUUGUUCCUUGCGCCUGGCCUUCAUCAUUGCGCAGGUGGCCCUGGUCCUGCACCCGUCAAUAAUGCGCUGCAGCAACUUGUAGCCUGGGUCGAAAAUGGUACAGCUCCAGACACCCUACCAGCAGUUGGAACGCAACCUGUCAACGGAACAGUGCUUUCGAGGGAUCUUUGCCUUUACCCACCUCCACGUCCGGGGAUUCGGCCGGAGAACCAAAGAUCACCCGAGGAUGAUGCCUCUACAGGUCGCAGCAAUGGCGACGACCAGAAUCCGGCUCGGUCUUCUCCUCAGGCACCCGGUCAUUCCAGCGAGUUUGAUGCAAUCGUCAAUCGUUAUGUGGCACCUGGGCUUCUUGGAGAAUGCGACGGCCAGCCGAAACCUCUCCCCGCCGAUAGACCGGCUUUUAGCAUGAACUCGCACUCGGACUCUGCGCAAGCUUCUAUCAUCAACAGCUUGUUAGAUAGGAUUCAGGGUCUGGAAGAACGACUGGCAAGCGCUACUCUAAACGAUGACCCAAGGACUGGUACGUCGCCGGGACGGGAAAGUGCAAGUGACACAAGCGCCCAGUUUGUGAAGGCAAAGUACUAUGGUCAGAGUCAUUGGAUGAACGCUAUCGAUCCUUAUGACGCUCUCGGCGACACAAACACUACAACGAACCACAAUACAAACAGGAAAGAGGUGAACAAAUCGACUGAGCUGUAUGCUACUGUCUCAGAGGUCAAGCGAAUGGCUCGCAUCAUCAAGGCCUCUCGCAUGUCGCAGCCUUCCAUCUCUCCAGAACUGCAGGCGUGCAUCCCUCCAAAAGAAAUCAGCGACGCACUGGUCGACUGCUAUCUCCGUACAUUCGAAGGCGUGUUUCGUGUACUACACGUACCUUCCUUUAAAAGAGUCUACGAUGCCUAUUGGUUGGGUACCACACCUGUAAAGCCGUCUAUCAUUCACAAGUUCCUGCUGGUAUGCGCAAUUGCCGUGCCGUUCUACACCGGACCCGACCAAGCCAAACUUCGCGUCUCAGCUGCGAAAUGGAUCCAAGCUGCAGCGGAAUGGCAGUGUGCACCUCAUGCAAAGUCGCGGCUCAACAUGAUAGGAUUGCAGAUACAGAUAUUGAUCCUGAUUGCACGUCAAGUAUGUGGCAUCGAUGGUGAUCAUAUAUGGAUACCUGCAGGUACGAUGUUGCGGACGGCGAUGCAUCUGGGCUUACAUCGCGACCCGUCUCACUUCCCCAAAAUCAGUGUCUACCAUGGCGAGAUGCGACGCAGACUCUGGGCUACCGUUCUGGAAAUCACGGCGCAAAGCAGCUUGGAUAUGGGCAUGCCGCCUAUGAUCUCCGUGAAUGACUAUGAUACGAAGCCACCGUCCAAUAUCAACGACGAGGACAUGGGAAACGGAAUAGAUACACCACUCGAUGUGAAGCCAGCAACCGUAUUUACCGAGAGUAGCAUACAAAUCGCUUUUACACAGACGCUUCCCACACGGCUAGAGAUUAUCAGAGUAAUCAACAACCUGCGCUUCGACCUAUCAUACGACGAUGUCCUGCGUAUCGGCUCCAAGCUCAUCAGCGUCUGUCGCGAGAAAACGAUCUUCUUCAAAUCAGCAUUAGCAGCAGGACACAACAUCACGCCAUUCCAGAUCAAGAUGUCUGAUACCCUAGUUCGACGCUUCGUCCUCUGCCUCCACCGGCCUUACUUUUCCAAAGCAAACGAGAACCCACGCUACCAUUACUCCAGGAAGAUAUGCCUCGAUACAUCACUAGCAAUCUACGCACCGGCAACUGAGCUGGCAUCAGGAGAAGAAGACGAUUGGACGCGCAUGACGCACCGAUGCGUGGGAUUCUUCAAGUCGUUCUUUCUCUACGCCAUGUCAACCGUUUACUACGAACUCAACUCUCAGAUUAACGAAAGACAAGAAGAAUUGGCGCUAUUCGCUCCUCUUGUAUCUACACGCCCAACCACAGCAUCUCCUUCUAUAGGGUUGACAUCCUUACCAUCACAGUACCACGCCCUACGCCAAGUCCUGGAAUCAUCCCGACACACAGCAGUAGCCCGCGUCCAAAAUGGCGAAACGAAUGCAAAGGGCGUUGUCUUCAUCAACUGCGCGCUGGCACGCAUCGAUGCUUUAAUAGCCGGCACCGAUCCUGAAGCAGCUGUACUUGAAGCGGCGAAAACAUCCACCAAGGAAAUGAGUAAGAUACUAGCAGCAGUAUACCGCGAAGAGCACGGCGAAGACAUCGAUCUCAGUCCUUCCAGCGGCAGCUUCGCAGGAAGAGAGCAUGGUCGAGGCGAGGGCGCUGAUGAUGUUACCGGGAAGUAUUUACCUACUGGCACCGGCCCCCAGAGCGGCUGCAGCGACGGCAUAGAUUUCUCUUCUUUCGACGGUACGAUGGACGGACUGAGUAUGCUGGACAGCGAUCUGGGAGAUGUGAACAUGGGGUUAGACAUCGAUAUGGAUGCGUACAUGCAGGGGUUACCCAUGGAUCCAGGGGACGGCUUCCACUUUGGAAGGAGUCCGGAGUGGUUUUACGAUCUGGAUGGGUGGGCUGCGGGUGGUAGUUUCGGCAACCCUGGAUGUGGUGUUUAG